AUGCCUUGCGUAAGCACGUGUAGCGCUGAAGUCACAUGACCGCUGUUGUGCUCACGUGAUCCAGAGUCGACCACAACACGGGACGAUCUUCUGUUCUGGUUCAUUUGUGUUUAGUGUGUUUAUGCGCGAUCAUAUUCCGUCAUGACUCUGGUGUUGGUCGCGUUGAGUUUAGCGUUGACGCGCGUCGCGUCGUCGGUGCCGCCUCACGAGGAAGUGGCUCGGAUGGCUCGGUUCGUGGUCAAUAAGUGUGACUGGGCUUCGAUGGCGACCAUCUCGACUCACGAGCCGGUAAAAGGACAGCCGUUCUCCAACGUCUUCUCCAUCAGCGACGGGCCGCCGGGCAACGGAACCGGAACCCCGUACAUGUACCUCACACACAUGGAGAUCUCCGUGCAGGACCUCCAGGUGAAUCCACAAGCGUCUCUGGCUGUGUCUUUAGCUCAGAGCAGUUACUGUAAGAAUCACGGCUUCGAUCCACAGAGUCCACUGUGUGCUCACAUCAUUCUGUCUGGAUCUGUCAUUCAGGUGAACGGAUCGGAGGCGUCUGCGGCCAAAGAAUCUCUCUUCAGCAGACAUCCAGAGAUGGCCGACUGGCCCACGGAUCAUAACUGGUUCUUUGCUAAAAUGAACAUCAGUCAGGUGUGGGUCCUGGAUUAUUUUGGUGGAGUGAAAAAAGUGACGGAGGAGGAAUAUUACAACGCCUCACAACGCUGAAAUGACACGCAUAAUCUUGGUGAACGAGAGGAAACUCUGGCCAGAUCACUGAUGUCCUAAAAAAUCCAUCCUUUAAAUGAUAAUUGUAUCAGAGAUUGUGUUGCUGUGUUUUGCUUUUGAAAUCUUUCUUUAACAAUGUUUUUUUUUUGGUGAUUUUUGGGGGGGGGGGUGGGGCUCUACAUGCUGUUUAGUUACAGAGUAUAGUCGAGAGCUGACAGAAAAGCUUGAGGUGGAGAUAGGGGAGCGGGACCGGCAGAGGACCGCUGAGACAGGAAUCAAACUCGCUGACACUAUAUGUCGACACAGUAACCACGAGCCUAAAGGCACCGAUUUGCUUUUGAAAUCUUUCAUAGUUUGUAACUGAACCCUGUGUGAAGCUCAGUUUGCGUAUAAUCUAAUAUAGACGAGUGUUAGGUAAUGAAUGACAUUCAGAUGUUUUAACAAAGUAGCAUUUAAGAGAUGAUGUUUAAGAGUGAUUUUUGCAGAUGUGAUUGUUAUGAAUGAAAGUGCAGUUGGCAUUUGUUUUCUCAUUCUGUCGAACAUUUUGAAGACACUCACAUGUACAAUUACAUACAUGUCAUGUUUAUGUGAAGACUCGUGACCCCCAAGACUAACUCUACACUAAACAAAGUUUUUUUUCUUUUAUUUAAUACACUCUGAUGUGUUUACUAUCAAUAUUCAGUAGAGGUAAAAUUUUGGAAUACGCUGUUAAACACCGUGUCUACACCGGACGCGACUUGUUCUAACGGGAUUUUCAUGUCGCUCCGCAUCCAGUGUGGACAAAAUGUAAAAUUAUAAUGGGUUCUUGCGCGUUUCAUUGUCUUUCGUCGCGUCACAUCCUGUGUAGAAAGGUGUAAUGUCUCAUGUACAGCUGCUUUGUAACAAUGAAAAUUGUAAAAAGCGCAAUAUAAAUAAAGUUGAGUUGAGUUAAUGCUCUGUUCACACCAGACACGAACAAUCGCGCUCCACGCUCUUUAUUACUCGAGGGAAAAGUUCAUUAUUUUCAUGUGAGUGAAAGAUGAUGAACGCGCUUCAAUCUCGCCGCCCGAUCCGCGUCAUUCGCAUCGCCGUCUUUGAAUUGACUUUGAAUGUAAUCGCAAAUCGCUUAAUUCGCCUUUGGUGUGAACCUGUUUUAACAUGUGGUUAGGUGAAAUAUGGACAAACCCAACCAUUAAUUCAUAGAAAAAAAUUCAUAUUCAAGCCAAUCAUAUAUUAAAACAAAAAACAUGUUUUUAUAAAGUUGAAUGAAUGUGCAAUGAAUUCUAGAAAAGUUAUCUUUCUUAAGACCUAUAUAUUUUUGUAACAUUUGCUGUGGAGUUUUUGAUCCAGUGUGGACGUGAAAUAAAUUAUUUAUCCAAGUU